AUGGGCUCGACUUCAAAGCCUCGACAAGAGAGAGCCAUUUACUCCAGUGACGGUACUUGUGGUCCGGCAAACAACAACAUGCUCUGUGACCCCAACAGCACCGUGUACAAGGGUACCUGCUGCAGUGAAUACGGAUGGUGUGGCGACACUUCCGCUCAUUGUGGAACCGGCUGUCUCUCCGGCUGCAAUAACAACACUCCGCCUUCCAGUGAGCCCUCCAGUGUGCAGCCUGUAUCCACCCGAGAUUCAGCCCCCACUGGAGUUGCCCCUAGAGACGAUGGGCGAUGCGGAAAAGAUUUUGAAGGUGCCACCUGCGACGCUAAAGGCGAUUAUGGAGGCUGCUGCUCCUCGUAUGGUUAUUGCGGUUCUACUGACGGCCACUGUCUUCCGGCUAGUGGAUGCCAGAAUGGAUGUUCCGGCGCUGUUUCCAGCAUUGAGUCUGCUACAAGUAUCUCCGCUACCAGGCCCCCAUCUACUAGUACGUCGGGUGAGCCUGUCCUUGGUAGCCCGACCAUCCCUCCCGUUCCUCCCCCUACGCAGCCUACCGGGAAUGCCACUGUUGAUGGAACGUGUGGUGCCAAAUUCGACAACACCAUCUGUGGCAGUUGGAGUCAAGGAUCAUGUUGCUCUUUGUAUGGCUACUGUGGUAACACCACUAGCCACUGUGGAGAAGGAUGCCAGUCCGGUCCCUGCCUGAACGGCCCUAUGGUCCCAGUUCCGGGUCCCAGCCCUGCGCCAGCUGCUCCUAAGCCCGGCACGCUUGAGAUCAAGGGUCGCUCUGGCGUUCCUGCUAUGCACGCUGGUCUUCUUCCCAAUGGAAAGGUCGUAUUCUUGGACAAGGUCGAAAACUACACGGAACUUAAACUCCCCAACGGCCAUUACGCUUACUCUUCCGAAUAUGAUCCCAAUGACCAGAAGCUCACACCUCUUGCCUACAAGACCAAUGCUUUCUGUUCUGGUGGUAUCUUCCUUGCGAAUGGACAAUUCUUGUCCGUAGGAGGAAACGCUCCCCUGGAUUUCAUUGAUGACACAGUCGGUGAUGGAUUCCAUGGCCUGCGUUUGCUCGAGCGCUCUAUGUCCAAUAACUCCCUCGACGGUCAGGCUUGGAAUGAACCCGGACCGCAACUCGAUACUGCUCGUUGGUAUGCCUCUGUCCAAAUCAUGCCCGACAACACUAUCUUUGUUGCUUCUGGCUCCCUUAAUGGGCUCGACCCCAGCAAGCCUGAGAACAACAACCCCACUUACGAGAUACUCAACGCCGACGGUACUCCCCAAGGCAAAACCAUUCCGAUGGAGAUACUCAGCAAGAACCAGCCUUACUAUAUGUAUCCCUUCAUUCAUCUCUUGAACGAUGGAAACCUCUUCGUCUUCACUUCCAAGUCAUCCGAAAUAUUCAACGUCGGCACCAACACUGUUGUACGCCACCUCCCCGAUCUGCCGGGAGACUACCGAACAUACCCCAACACUGGUGGGUCCGUCCUUCUUCCCCUCUCGUCGGCCAACCAGUGGAACAAUGAUAUCGUUAUCUGCGGUGGAGGACCUUACCAGGACAUUACUGCACCCUCUGACCCAUCCUGCGGUCGUAUCAACGCACUUGCUACCAACCCCAGCUGGGAGCUGGACAGCAUGCCCGAAGGUCGUGGCAUGGUAGAGGGUACUCUUCUCGCCGAUGGUACUGUCAUCUGGGUCAAUGGCGCCAAUGAGGGUGCUCAAGGCUUUGAACUUGCCCUUGCUCCUACUCUUGAAGUUCUCAUUUACGACCCCGUCCAGCCCCGUGGCAAGCGCUGGACUACCGGCCCCAAAUCUACCAUUCCUCGCAUGUACCACUCCGUCGCUCUUCUUCUUCUUGACGGGACUCUUCUUAUCUCGGGAUCCAACCCUGUUGAGCAGCCUGUCCUUGAAACGAGCACUAAGGUUCCUUUCCCCACGGAGUUCCGCAACGAGAUCUACACUCCGCCAUAUCUUCAGGGCAACGUCACUCGCCCUACCGACGUGACCCUCAGCAGCAAGCAACUUAAGGCCGAUGGUCAGGACUUCACCAUCAAGUUUACCGCCCCUGCAGACUCCAAGGAGGUUAAGGUAUCCCUCUACUAUGGAGGGUUCGUCACCCACAGCGUUCACAUGGGCCACCGUAUGGCAUUCCUGGACAAUACUGGCUUCAAGGCUGGUGACACUGAACAAACCAUUACAGUCACUAUGCCUCCUAACAGAAAUGUCGCUCCAGCUGGCCCAUGGGUCGUCUACGUGCUCGUCGAUGGUGUCCCUGCCAUUGGACAGUUUGUCAUGGUUUCAUAG